CCUGUCCAAUCCACAGUUCUGCCAGUGAUCUUUUCAAAACAGACAGAGAUCAUGCCCUACUCACAAACGUCCAGUGGCUCUCCACUACCUACAGAACAAAAUCAAGAUCGUCCUGUGAUCUGCUCCCAGCUACCUUUCCUGCUUCCUCUCCUGCCACUCGCGUCCCACCCUGGGCUCUGGUCACACCAGGCCCAUGUCCUGUUGCUCUAAUUCACCCUCCAGCUCCUUCCUGGACCUGCACUCACGGGUCAUCUCCUGGAAGGCCUUUGCUGAUGUACUCUUGCCAUCAGAAGUAACUGCUCUUUCCUCUAACCUGCAAGAGGACUUGUGCCUUUACCACUUUGACUUCUGGCAUGCUGGCCGCUGCAGAGGCUGCAUCUGCAUCUAUCCCCCUGCCUCAAGGCAUCUUUCUCGCAAUGCCUAAAACACUGCCUGCCCCAUGAAGGAGCUCACUGUUAAGUGAACUGAAUCAAGAUUGAUAAUCCACCUCCAAUUUUCAACACCAGAGUGCCCAACAGGUCCAUCACUCAUUCCUGGUGACAGCGUGGUGGGCUCUGGGUGGGCACACACAUAGAAACGUUGGUCCCGACACAGUAUCUCCUGGGAGGGAUGUCUGCUAAGAAUUUGGACCCGGAACAAAAGCAAAAAUUGACAAUCAGGACCACACCAAAAUAAAGAGCUUUGCAAAGCAAAGGAAACCAUCAACAAAAUGAAAAGGCAGCCUACUGAAUGGGAGAAGUUAUUUGCAAAUGACAUCUCCCAUAAGGAGUUAAUAUCCAAAAUACACAAAGAACUUAUACAGCUCAACACCAAAAAAACACAAAUAAUCCAACUUAGAAAAUGGGCAGAGGACCUGAGUAGACAUUUUUCCAAAGAAGACAUACAGAUGGCCAAUAGACACAUAAAAAGAUGCUCAACAUCACUCAUCAUCAAGAGCUGCAAAAUCAAAACCACAAUGAAGGAUCACCUCACAUCAGUCAGAAUGGCUAGUAUCAAAAAGAAAUGACAAGUGUUGGCGAGAAUGUGGUGGAAAGGGAGCUUCUUUGUACUGUUGGCGGAAAGAAAAAUGGGUCCACCCACUGUGGAAAACAGUAUGAAAACACUAAUUGAAAAAAAAAUAUCUGCACCCCUAUGUUCAUUACAGCAUUAUUUACAAUAGCCAAGAUACGGAAGCAACCUGUGUUCACUGACAAAGGAAAUGUGGUGUGUAUGUGCUCUCUGUAUAUUCUAUAUAUGCUCUAAUCAUAUGUUAUAAAUAUAAUAUAUAAUGCAAUAUUGAUCAGCCAUAAAAAAAGGACCAAGAUCCUGCCAAGUGAAAUUUUCAGACAGAGAAAGGCAAAUGCCAUUUGAUUUCACUCAUAUAUAUAAUCUAAAAAAGACAAGUGAACGAAUAAACAACAAAAAUAGACUCAUAAAUACAGAGAAUUGGUGGUUGCCAGAGAGGAGGAGAGUUGGAGGGUGGGCAAAAUAGGUGUAGGGGAUCAAGAGGUACAAACUUCCAGUUAUAAAACAAAUCUGGGGAGUGAAAAGUACAGCAUCGGGAAUAUAGUCAGUCAACGUUGCAUGGUACCAUGCAGACAGUGGUAAGCAGUGGUGGUAAGCAGUGUGUAACGUAUAGAAUUAUCAAAUCCCUAUGUUAUACACCUGAGACUAACAUAAUACUGUGUGUCAGUACUUCGAUAUAUAAGAUUAACAAAAAAAAAAGGAUCUGGACUUAACCAGAGUUGCCCAGAAUCCUCGCAGGAGAAACGGCACACCAAAAUAAAAGGCUUUUGCACAAAGGAAACCGUCAACAGAAUGAAAAAGCAACGUACCAAAUGCGAGAAGAAAGGGUACCUUCUGGAGGAAGGGCAAGCUUUCCCGCACCCAUCCUCUCCUCCUGGGGAGCCACCACCCCCUGCAAGGUCAGGCGUCAUUCCCACCCUUUCAUGAAUCCUCUCCUGACCGGGUCCAUAAGGGAUCUCACCCUCCUCUCAACUUCUGACUCCUAAUUAAAGACAACUAAUCUGCUGCUAAAUUAGGUACCAUCUUGAGUCGUCUUUUGUCCUGAGUUUACAUCUCUGUUUGGCUUAAUAGGUAGAUUUGACCAGAUGAGGGCAGAUAAAGAAGAGCUGGGAUUAAAUCCCAGGCCCCUCUCCUUUUCUGUCUGGAUACCCUUCCUCUCUAGCUUAAAACCUUCCCAUGUGGCUUCAUAAGGACCUGAUUUGGUCAGAAAAGCCACUCUUCGAGUUAGGACAUUUAGCCUGGCGCCUCAGGAGGCUAACAACAGCUGGAGAGCUCUGGUGCCCAAUUCCUGAUUAGGAGGGAGGCCCCCAGCGCAGGCUCCCUCAUUCACCCCGACCCUGUUUGUGCACCAGAGAGCAGAACCCCUUUUCCCUAGAGAACAGGUGAACCCGCCUCCCCCCCCCUUACAAAACCCUCAGCUGGGUUUCUAUCCCCUCACCUCUAAUAAAACUAGAGAAAACAACAGCGCGGAGCAUGGGCAGGAGCGAAGUGGGCGACGAGAACAGAUGGGGGCUCUCGGGCACACGCCACCUCUUGCAUCCUGACGUCAGACGGCUCCCACUGGGAGGCAGGGCAGGUGUCCCAGCCCUGAGGACCCUCCCUCGAACAACCCUCGAAGCCCCCUCUGCCGGGUCCCUGCCCUUCCCCUAGGGCCAGCCCCAAAACGUAGGCCUCAACCCGGGGGGGGGGGGCUGCCCCUCCCACGCCACCCCCUCCUCCCUCACCUUCCUGCCCACCCAUUUGCCUCGGUCUGGGCGGCAGGAAGGGAGGUGCUGGGCACCGGCCGUGAAGAGCAACCCCCACCCCCCUUCCCUCGCUCAGAGCUCCCGCCGCCCGCACCCAGGCUGCGUCCCGCACAGGCCUCGCGGCCGCCCGCCAUGCACCGCACCGAGCCCUGGAUCCCCAGCCCGGGGACGGCGUCCUGGGACUACUCGGGGUCCGGCGACCUGGAGGAGCUGGAGCCGUGCCCGGUCCGGGACCUGCCCUACGGCUACGCCUACGUGCCCGUGCUCUACCUGGCGGCCUUCGCGGUGGGCCUGCUGGGCAACUCCUUCGUGGUGUGGCUGCUGGCCCGGCGGCGCGGCCCGCGGCGGCUCGUGGACACCUUCGUGCUGCACCUGGCCGCCGCCGACCUGGGCCUCGUGCUCACGCUGCCGCUGUGGGCGGUGGCGGCGGCGCAGGGCGGCCGCUGGCCCUUCGGCGAGGGCCUCUGCAAGCUCAGCGGCUUCGCGCUGGCCGGCACGCGCUGCGCAGGCGCGCUGCUGCUGGCGGGCCUGAGCGUGGACCGCUACCUGGCGGUGGUGAAGCUGCUCGAGGCGCGGCCGCUGCGCACCCGGCGCUGCGCGCUGGCCGCCUGCUGCGGCGUCUGGGCCGCGGCGCUCCUGGCCGGCCUGCCCUCCCUGGCCUACCGGGGGCUGCGGCCCCUCCCCGGCGGCGGCCGGGGCAGCCAGUGCGGGGAGCAGCCCUCCGACGCCUUCCAGGUGCUGAGCCUGCUGCUGCUGCUGCUCACGUGCGCGCUGCCCUUGGGCGUCAGCCUGGUCUGCUACUGCCUCAUCUCGCGCCGCCUGCGCCGCCCGCCGCACCCGGGCCGGGCCCGGAGGAACUCGCUGCGCAUCAUCUUCGCCGUCGAGGGCGCCUUCGUGGGCUCCUGGCUGCCCUUCGGCGUCCUGCGGGCCGUCUUCCACCUGGCGCGCCUGGGGGCGCUGCCGCUGCCCUGCGGCCUGCUGCUGGCGCUGCGCUGGGGCCUCGGCAUCGCCACCUGCCUGGCCUUCGUCAACAGCUGCGCCAACCCGCUCAUCUACCUGCUGCUGGACCGCUCGUUCCGCGCCCGCGCCUGGCGCGGGGUCUGCGGGCGCGCCGACCGCCCGGCGCGCAGAGGCAGCUCGGCGUCCUCGCUCUCCAGGGACGACAGCUCCGUGUUCCGGAGCCCGGCCGGCAGCUGGGAGCGAGCCCGGACGGCGAACGCUGGCCGGGCCCUGCUGUAGCUGUCCCGCGCCCGGCGGAGGUGGCGGCGCCGGAGCCCGCGGGGGAGGGAGGCCCGGGGAGGGGGGGGGGGAGACUCCCCAGACGAGCCUUCUCGGCUGGGGGCCGGCACUGCCCGGACUCCCAGGGCCUCCUUCAUUAGCUUCCCCGGAACCUCAGCGCUUUUGGAACUCCCGCCCCCAAACCAGCCUGCUGAGAACAGCUGUUCUCUCAGCCCAGUGAGCAAGUGGGGCUAAUUCCAGUUCAGUAAAGGUCCUAUGAGAUGGAGCAGACAGCAGUCCGGACACCCACCGUUUCGCCAAGUAGAAGAAAGGGAAGUGGUUUCCUUCUCUGCCCCAUUAGGAAUAGCGCUGGCCAGAAUACCAAACCCAGACCCCCCAAAAGCUACUGUUGUCUCCAGCUAUGCUUUCUCUGAACCCCUACAAGAGCCAGUCUUCUGAGAAAUACCUUCUCGAAGUCAGACCCUCUGGCCCUCUCACUCUACAAGAAAUUCUAUAGAUUAUGGGAAUUGACAGCCCUUUUGUAUUUAGUCAGCUUUGUGUGCUCACCGAAGCCAUGGGAACCAGCCCCAGUGUGCGCUGCCCAGUUUAUUCCUCCUGACAAUUUCCCGGAAAGUGCUAGGCCUACCCUAGUUUUGUAUCCUCUCCCCAGUCCCAUGAAGCGGACAGACUCACCCUGGAAAUUAUCUUGGCCCUUUCCUCCGGGCAGAAGAUUCUGAAACCUUUCGCCAGACAUUCAGAUUCUCUAUCACUCAGCCCGGGCCACCAGAAUCAUCUGUGUCAGUUCACCUUUCUCAAUAAAAACUGUUG